AAAAAAAAAAAUGAGCGGUGGAAAGCAUAUGCGGUUGCGCUACUAUACCUCCAUGGAGGAGGUCACCAUGGUGCGGGUGUGGCGUGAGUUUCUCGACCUGAUACCCUCGUACAGCGAGAAUCUGCCCAUCUUUCGGGACAUUUCACACAGCAUGCAGCAAUGCGGCAUUCGGCUGAACAAACAAGAGGUUCGCCGUCGCAUCAAUAGCUAUCGCAAUAAGUAUUUAACGGAACGGAGUCGCGUGGAGGGCGAUCCGGAGUACACACCGGAAUGGCGUCUGUACCAGAUUGUAGACUGCCUUUUCAAUCCAGAGCGACCCUCGGUGGACAUUCACCUGGUACAGAAUGUGCUCGAGUCGGCGGCCAUGCAGGUGCGCAGCGAGCAUCCGGAUCUGCCGAACAUACCUAGCUCAAUGUCCAGGGCACCUUAUGUGAAGUUCAAUCGCGAUCCGGACGGCUGUGCCUUCCUGGAGGGCCCAUCACCAACACCGCCGCAACAGACCCAGAAUUUUCCCGAAAUGCUGCACUUUUCUCAGAAUCCAGUCAAGACUGAACCCAAGCCGCUUGAGGCGGACGAAGCCGACAGUCCAACUUACGCAGAGAGUGCCAUACGACGGACACCCUUGAUGCCCGCCAAUUAUCAGCUCCAGCUACCCGUGGAGGAGCGCAUGGAGAUGGGGGCGAAUGGUCAGAUGGAGUACGUUGGAAAGAAAAAGCGCGGACGGCGCAGCAUUUUGCCGCGCGUGGGACAGAUCUCGCUGGCCCAAUUGGAGGCCUUGCGCAUGCAGAACGGAGAGCUGGAGCGGCAGAAUGAGAACAGCCAGAUGGAGUUGGAGUUCAAGGAGCGGCAAUACAACGAGCUAGAGCAGACCCUCGACCUCUGGAUGCACCAGCAAGAGAUGUUUUUGCUCCACUUUGAGCGCCUGGGCUUCAAAACCGCGGAGGACUAGCCUCCCCUUUCAAACCCCUCUUCGUUGAUCUAUUGAAUAGUUAGCUUUAAUUGUGGGAAAAAAAACUCCAGCUCAUACGAUGUACAAACCACCUUAUAGGCUAUAGCGAACCGAAGAUACAUUUACGGUCUAAUUUUUUGGAUCAGUUUAUUUGUCAUUUAAGAACUAGUCAAAAUGAAUUGACAGCUAAACUACUUAUAGAAGAGAUUUCUGGAACUUUUAGUUUAAUUUUCAGUUCAAUAACUAAUACUUAAGCUCUAAACAAUUUGCAGGAAG